AAGAAGUAUUUCAUCGAAUCAAGGCUAAAUUUGAUAGUCACUGCUUUGUUGCCAAUGUUAGAGAAGAAAUAAUGAAGCAAACAUCAAAUGCUUUACGAGAUAAAAUCUUUCAUCAAUUGUUAGGAGAGAAAGAUGGAUAUAUAGAUACACCUCAUUUGGGGGCUUUCAUGAGGAGAAGACUUCAAAGUAAAAAAGUACUCAUUGUCUUUGAUGAUGUAGAUGAUCCAAACGAUUUAAAGUUUUUAGGUGGAAUUUGUGAUUGGUACAAUAUGGGAAGUAGAAUAAUUAUAACCAGCAGGGAUAGGCAAACACUUAUAAAUGUUUGCCUUGAGAAGUGUAUAUAUGAGGUUAAAAAAUUAAUUGAUCGUGAAGCUCUUCGUCUCUUUAGCUUAUAUGCCUUCAAACAAGAUCAUCCCAAAGAAAGAUAUGAGAAGCUAUCGGUGAUGGCAAUAAGAUAUGCUCAAGGCAAUCCGUUGGCUCUUAGAGUUUUUGGCUCUAAUAUGUAUAAAAAGGGUAUAGAAGAAUGGGAAAGUGAGUUGAAAAAACUGAAAGAAAUUCCUGAUUUGAACAUUCAAAAUGUCCUGAGAAUAAGUUAUGAUAAACUAGAUCGUCAUAAAAAAAACAUAUUUCUUCAUAUUGCAUGUUUCUUUAAGGGGGAGCCUAGAGGUGAUGUUGAGAGAAUACUAGAUGCUUGUGGUUUAUCUGCAAGAAGUACAAUAAGUUGUCUAAUUGAUAAAUCUCUCAUAACCAUUUCAUCAAACAAUGUUGUUGGUAUGCAUGACUUGUUGCAACAAAUGGGCAAGGAAAUUGCUUAUGAGGAAUCCAAACAACCUGGAGCAAGCAUCAGGUUAUGGAAUUACAAUGAUAUUUGUCGUGUAUUGUCAACAGAAACGGGAACUCAAAAUGUUGAAAGCAUAUUACUUGACAUGCAUGAGGUGAAGGAUAAUUUGGUGCUAAGUUCCACAGCCUUCAAGAAGAUUUACGCUCUUAGAUUCCUCAAAUUCUUCAAUGUUUCUAAUUCCGGACAAGGACAAGUGCUGCUUCCUAGCAGCCUUGAAUUUCUACCAGAAGGGCUAAGAUAUCUUUACUGGGAUAGAUACCCUUCGAAGUAUUUGCCUUUGAAGGGUUGCACAAAAUAUCUUGUAGAACUCCACAUGCCUAGUAGCAACCUCAAAGAACUUUGGAACGGAGAUGAGGCAAGAGUUAUUGAUCUUGGAAAUCUGAGACUUUUAGACCUCAGAGACUCUUCUGAGCUGACCAGAGUUCCAGACUUGUCUAGCGUCCCAAAUCUUGAGUUUUUAAGUUUGAGGGGUUGUUUAAGCUUGAUUGAGAUUCCUAGCAGCAUCUGCAAUCUGAAAUCUCUUACACUCCUUGAUAUCUCAUUUUAUCAGAAUGUCAAUGGAUUGCCAGAGAACAUAGGGAAUUUAGAAUUGCUGCAGGAACUUAAUAUAUUUUCAAGUAGAAUAAAAGCAUUACCAUCCUCCAUCAAUCAAUUGAAAAAUUUGGUAGACUUAAAUUGUGGUUUAUGUGAAGGUUUGACAUUGCCUCCUUUGACAGGUUUGUCCUGUUUGCUGGAUAUGUCUUUAAAUUACUCUGGUAUAUUAGAAAUUCCCCAGAGUCUUGGGUGUUUAGUGUCAUUGACAUACUUACAUUUAGCUGAAAGCAAUUUUGAGAGUAUAACUGCAAGCAUUAAACAACUAUCUCAGUUGGAAACACUUUGGUUAGAUGGUUGCAAGAGACUUAAAUUAUUACCAGAGCUUCCCUGCUUAGAAAGAUUGCAUGCAUCGGGUUGCACAUCUUUGGAAUCUGCAUCAACUUCAUUCCUUUUCACAGAACACGAAGUCGAAUAUAGAAUUGCAACUUUUCUUGAAUUUCGUAAUUGCAUCAAUUUGGAUAAGGAGAAAGUAAUGGAGGAUGUAUUGGAAACGCAUCUGUUGAACGAUGAGAUUGUAGAAUUAUGUAUACCCGGGGAUGAAGUGCCUCAAAGGAUGAGAUAUAAGAACCAGAGAGGAUCUUCACUCUCAUUCACGCUAGAUAAGCCAAACUUGAUUGCUGUUUCUUUAUGCCUUGUUUUUAAUCCCAAAAAUCAUUAUUGUGAUUUUGUUCUCCUUACUUGCGAAGCCCAAUUCAUUGAUAAAUCUGGACAUAACAGUGAUUUCGUUUUUGAUUUCCCUCAUUUAUUGGCGGUUGAUGGGUUAGAAUCAAAACAUGUGUGUCUUUGGAAUAAAUUGUUCAACAUGGAAGACAGUUUCGUUGAGGCCUCAUUUCAGUUCUGCCUUUACAAGUACUCAUCCUCACUUCAAGGUGCGGGUCCAUAUACCGAGGGUAUGAUUAAAUGUGGGGUACAUCCUAUAUAUGUUCGAGACAAAUGUUGGUUGCAGAGAUAAAAAGAGAAUUAGAAAUCAAGAAGAUGAGGAAGAAGAACCUUCUCCCCUUAGAUUGAAACAAGACCAAAAACCUUACAACAGCACUACCACCACGGCAGAGUCUUCUUAGGUGUUUGAAGACAACGAUCUACAAGGACCUAUAAAGGCCAGUUCGACAUUUUUCCGGUCUCUAGUUUCUUCGGCAAUCCAGGACUGUGUGUUUCAAUUGUACAGCAGUUUUGUUGUGAUUAAACACAAACUACCAAUCCUAUUCUUGAAGAAUCCUCAAAUAACCCGCUUGUUUUUGGACUCAUUCCUGGACUUGCUUUUGAUUUAUUGUUGGAUCUACAACUGGGUUACUCUACAACCGAUGUUUCGCAUCCUUGGUGAAAAGAACAAGGCUGAAUUCAAGGCAAGGAAGGGUUUCUAACUAACUACAACAGUAACUAAUCUGCUGUUAGAUCUGUUGAGAAAUGCGGGAAUCCAUCUCUUGCUCUGCUUUAGAUCUUUCGAGCACCGUUUUACUUAUGCUUCUCCGCACCGUUUCUUCAUUUUGCAUUGUCAGCUCAGUUCUUAUCUUUUAAUUACUUCCAUUCAUUUUCUAUACGCUGCAUUUCAUAAUAAAUACUUAUCAAUAG